AAGAUAAGGCAGUUGAGGCCGGGGCGAGACGUAAGAGCGUAUAUAUAGAGAGAUAAAUUUGGGUUUUGAAGGCGCAGAAGUGUUGCACUGUACCGCAUCGUACCAGACUCUUUCUCCAGGUCGCCUUCGGCUCUUCGCCUCUCUCUAUUUCCGGCGAUGGAUCCGUACAAGUACCGCCCUUCGAGUGCUUACAACUCCCCCUUCUGGACCACCAAUUCCGGUGCUCCUGUCUGGAACAAUAACUCAUCCUUGACUGUUGGACCAAGAGGUCCAAUUCUCCUAGAGGAUUAUCACCUGGUGGAGAAACUUGCCAAUUUUGAUCGGGAGCGGAUCCCAGAACGUGUUGUGCAUGCCAGGGGAGCCAGUGCCAAGGGUUUCUUUGAGACCACCCAUGAUAUUUCUAACCUUACAUGUGCUGAUUUCCUUCGAGCCCCAGGGGUCCAGACACCUGUCAUUUUACGUUUCUCCACAGUUAUUCAUGAGCGUGGCAGCCCUGAAACCCUGAGGGAUCCUCGAGGUUUUGCAGUGAAGUUUUACACCAGAGAGGGUAACUUUGAUCUAGUGGGAAACAAUUUCCCUGUCUUUUUUAUCCGUGAUGGAAUGAAAUUCCCAGACAUGGUCCAUGCUCUGAAACCCAAUCCUAAGUCCCACAUCCAGGAGAACUGGAGGAUUGUUGAUUUCUUCUCCCACCACCCAGAAAGCCUGCACAUGUUCUCAUUCCUCUUCGAUGAUGUAGGUAUUCCACAGGAUUACAGGCACAUGGAAGGAUCUGGUGUGAACACCUAUACUCUGAUCAACAAGGCUGGAAAAGCACAUUAUGUGAAAUUUCACUGGAAACCCACUUGUGGGGUUAAGUGUCUGUUGGAAGAAGAGGCAAUCAGGGUUGGAGGAAGCAACCACAGCCAUGCCACUCAGGAUCUCUAUGACUCCAUUGCAGCUGGGAACUAUCCUGAGUGGAAACUUUUCAUCCAAACAAUUGAUCCUGAUCAUGAAGACAAAUUUGACUUUGACCCACUUGAUGUCACCAAGACCUGGCCUGAGGACAUACUACCCCUGCAACCAGUCGGUCGCCUGGUCUUGAACAGGAACAUUGACAACUUCUUUGCUGAAAAUGAACAGCUUGCAUUUUGCCCUGCUAUUGUGGUUCCUGGUGUCUACUAUUCAGAUGACAAGUUGCUACAAACUCGGAUCUUCUCCUAUUCUGAUACUCAGAGGCACCGCCUUGGACCAAACUAUCUGCAGCUCCCGGCUAAUGCCCCCAAGUGUGCUCAUCAUAACAAUCAUCAUGAAGGUUUCAUGAAUUUCAUGCACAGGGAUGAGGAGGUCAAUUACUUCCCUUCAAGGUAUGAUCCUGUUCGUCAUGCUGAGAGGUACCCCAUUCCUCCUGCUAUCUUGACUGGAAGGCGUGAAAAGUGCAUCAUUCCAAAGGAGAACAACUUCAAGCAGCCAGGAGAGAGAUACCGGUCCUUUGCGCCAGACAGGCAAGAGAGAUUCAUCCAGCGCUGGGUUGAUGCUUUAUCUGAUCCACGCGUCACCUAUGAGAUCCGCAGCAUCUGGAUCUCCUACUGGUCUCAGGUCAGACCUCUUUCUCUUGCAAAGUUUCUUGAACCUUUCUCUAGUAACAUAACUCCUUCUGUGUCAAAUCAAGUACUAAUGUCAUUGCUCCAAACUUCAGGCUGACAAGUCUCUGGGUCAGAAACUAGCAUCUCGUCUCAACGUGAGGCCAAGCAUUUGAAAUGCAGCUGGAUGUUUUGAGUUACAGAGAGCAAGCCAACAAUAUCAAAUGUGGAGCAGAAGGUACUUGGUUGGAAGCAUAAACCUUUUAUCAAUCGUUUGAUUACUGUGGUAUAUUGAUUUCAUAAUAUACUAAACAAACUCACUAGACAUGUGACUCUUCAAACUGAUGUUUUGAUCUUAAUAAAGUGAGGAUUUAUGUGCAAA